ACCGGUACGGAUCGUUUUCCGGGGCAGAAUCUUCGCUGGGCCAAGGUCGGUUGUACUAUGUCGCGGACUCUUUCGGGGGUGGUUCGAGGUAGCUGUAGCGCGGUGGCAGUAGGUUCCGGAGCCGCACCAACGGAGUGUCAAAAUUUUAAUUAAAUAACACGCAGGUAACCGCAAAUCAUUCGCAAACAACGAAACCGCGUGCGCCACGAAAUGGUCCUUUUUUCCGGGAAAAAGGUUCUUUUUCCCUAGUGGGUGGUGGGGUUUUCUGAGGGUGGGGGUGACGGGGAAAAAUUCAACAAUUGAGUGGCAGAAAUUGGUCGCACUGGAGCGCUGGGCAAAUGUUUGACGGACGACUGGUGAAUUGUGGCGCUCCAGUUUGAGUUGUGGUCGGCGAACCUUCCUCCUUCUGGAAUAUAUACGGGAAUAUUUAUUACCCUUUGACAGCCAGUGGGCCGCUCUCGGGGGGUUUUCGUGUGGUAGAAGUGAGUGGAGUGGCUUAAAUGGUGGUUGCCCACUGCAUGUGACAGAGCCUGGAUAACGGAUCUCCACGGCCGUGGAGGCGAUAAGUGUCUGCGCGCGUUGGCAGGACAUCAAACGGCAACCGACGAUGGACGCCGCCGUCACCAGCGGAACCGGACAUCGAACGGUGGUGAAAAGUGAGUGAAGCGCAGAUAAAAAAGGAUAAAAACCGCGCUGUGACGGAAAAUCGUUUUUUAUUCAUGUUCAGCGAGCUUGUGUGCGUUCCAUCAAAUUAGUGUGUGGUUGGGGAGGAUAACCGCAGGACGAAUCACGAACAGGAUUAAAAAGUUUUCCGGCAGCAGCAGCAGCAGCAGCAGCAGCAGUUAUUCCUGCGUCCCUAAUUCGCAAAGGAGUUUGGCGAAGCGAACAGGAUUUAUUACGCGCUCAACCAGUGAAGGAAUUUCCGCCAGGAAACGCACGCCAAGGAUACAAGAAAUUACUAUAGCACAGCCAGACGCAAUGGACAGCAUCAGUAACGUGCCGGAAAUCAACAUGAAAUUGGUGCUUUUUUUCAUAAUGUAUUUUAAUCUAGGUAUCUCAAAUACGGUCCACUCUGACGAGCGGUCGUCCUCGGCGGAACAUCACGACCACCUGCACGAGCACGAGCCACCGGCGGCAGAUGUGGCCGAGAACGAGAUUUACGACUCGGACGAAAGCAACCUGCUCCGGACGCCGCUGGACCGGGGGCCGUACUUUGAUUUAUCGGCCUCGAAGAACAUCACGGCCCUCGUCGGCAAGACCGCGUAUCUCAACUGUCGGGUCCGGAACCUGGGCAACAAAACGGUUUCCUGGGUCCGCCAUAGAGACAUUCAUCUCUUAACCGUAGGUAGAUUUACGUAUACCUCGGAUCAACGGUUCCAGAGCGUGCACAACCCACAAACGGACGACUGGUCGUUACAGAUCCGAUAUCCCCAGAAGCGAGACACCGGAGUGUACGAGUGCCAAAUAUCAACCACACCACCGGUGGGUCACUCCAUGCACCUGUCGGUAGUCGAACCCGUCACCAUCAUCGUCGGUGGGCCGGAUAUUUACAUCAACACCGGCUCCACGGUCAACCUGACGUGCGUGGUGCGGAAUUCGCCGGAACCUCCGUCCACCAUCAUCUGGACCCACAACCACCAGGAAAUUAAUUACGACUCACCCCGGGGCGGUGUUUCGGUUAUCACGGAAAAGGGCGAAACGACCACCUCGUACCUGCUGAUCCAGCGGGCCAAAAGCACCGAUUCGGGCAAGUACGUCUGCUCGCCGUCGAACGCCAACACGUACUUCAUCAACGUUCACAUCCUGAACGGAGAACACCCGGAAGCGAUGCAGCACGGUGGCCAGCUCCGGAUAGGUGACCCCGUGCACGUGUUUGUGUUCGUAAUCAUCACCCUGGUGCUGAGCAAUCGAUGAAGUCCCGCCGACAGCGGAAAAUGGAAGACCGUCGGAAGCCGCUCGGUCACUGUGAAUAAUAUAGAAGGCGGAGUAAUUAGAAUAACGACAAUGAUGCCGGGAACCCGAUCCGUUGGUACCUCCGGUGGUGGCGCAAUCGACGAUUCAAUUAUCGAGAUCGCCCAGCGGUGCCGUGAGUCGUGAAUCGGAAGUUGAGCAGAUGUGUUUUGAAUGGAUUGUUGGAGACAAGAAGGGCCAGAAACAGCUCACAAUGUGGGCGGCUAGCGUAGACCUAGGAUAGGAAGUCAAGAAUCACUCAAAGUUGUUGAUUUAUCCGAUGAAACUGUUUGGAAUUGCGCUGGGAACGAGUCCUUGACGACCAACCCAACAUCACCGAGUUAUGUUUGUUACUGGGAGGGCGGACGAUUGUUCUGGGAAUUGUGGCAUAGAUGUCUCGAGCAAAGUUGGUCGGCACGCAUGAUAAUAGCAUUAUCGACAUGGUUCGCGCUUAAACUACUUAGGUCGAACAACAUCUGGCUUCAAUUGCACUUGAUAAACUUGAUGGUUUUAGGACCGGGUCGAAAAUCCAUGUGCGUAUAAAUUUUGAGCAAUUUUCAUUGUUAUACCACAUUUUUUUGGGUAACUUGGAUAUGUUAAGUUGGGGUGCCCUUUGUGUUUUUUUUUUUAACUGGAAAACAUUGUGUUGCAUUUUCAAACAUAUUUUCGUUAGAACACUUUUAUGUUCAAAUUCAUUUUACUAUUGCAAACAAUCUCUCAUUUUGUUCCAAAUUUUGACUGCAUUUUUCAACGAUUUGGUCAAUAUGCAGAACAGCAGAACAGCUAUUUUCUGAUCGUAACAGGCCCAAAAAAAAAGUCUUUUAAAUAUUGGAUGCAUUUGGUGCUGUCCAAAGCAUUGGAUGCAUUUGGUGCUGUCUUUCGCAAAGCAUUUAAUUUUUCGAUGAAAAACCCAACUUAUUUUGUUAUUUGAUUUUUGUAAUUUUAAUUUAAUACUGAUACAGCGGCGUUCAACUUGCUCCUGACAAAAGAUACAGGGUGUUCAAAACCUGUCUAAAAUGUAAAAAUUACGAAAAGAGCUGACAAUUUGAGCUUAUUUGGUUAAGGUUUAGUUGCUCCAGUUCUUAUCUGAAGUUUGUAUGGAACUUUAAUCAAUUUACUAUGGAGAAUUGUAAUUUUUUACAACUCCUUAUAGAAAAUUUCACAAAACCCCGUCAAAUUUUCCUCUUCUUACGUUUCUUAUAGGUUUUGAUCCAGGGAACAACUUUGUAGAACAUCGCAAAGUGCUAGGAAUUGAUCCCAAAAGAAGACGGUAAUAACAAAAUUAAUGCCAUUUCAAUAACAAAUACUGUUAAAAUAACAGAAAAUGUUAUGGAAUCUUCUCGAAAAAUCUAUUUUUGAACAAGAAUUUAAUAACAGUUUAUGUUUUCAAAACAAAAUUUGUUAUUAGUCCGAUAUUGGUUGAAAACCAAAACAACUUUGGAAUAACAUGUUCAACCAACUGUUAUUGUGAUGAUCGGAUUAGUUGUAAAAAUAACAAUAAAUAAUUACAAAGAUUUGUUCGAAGAAUAAUUUAAAAAAGUUAUUAGUCUGUUAUUACAAUAACAAUCCAAUAACACAAAAUUUCUUAACGACGAAUAUCAAAUCUGUUUAUAAAUAACAUAAAAUGUUAUUGGCCAAGUAUUUUCAAAUAUCAAAAAAUGUUAUUCCCAAGUUGUUUCCGUCUGCUCGGGAUGCGCUAAAAUUAAACUGUAUCUUUUCGGGACCAAUUCUUAGCGCUUUGUGAAUUUCAGCUUAUUUUUUAUUGUAGCACUACUUUUAUAAUGUAUAAAACAUUAUUAAAAUAUUUUCGGGUAUUUUUUUUUCAAAAUUAUGCUUGAAAUAUGAAUUUAAGUUUUUUAUUCUUAAAAUUUCAAUAUGUAACUUUAAAUAAAAUUUGUAUGGGCUUAACCUGAUUUUCCAAUGUAAAAAGCUCGUCCAUCUUCUUUUCAAAUUUUCUAAUGUUUUUUUUUUGGUGAUGGUUGAUAGUUGAGUGAAUCAUUUUAUGUAAAAAAAUUCAUAUUUUAUUUCGUGAAUACAAAAUUUGAAGAAUGACUCAAUUUAAAGUGCAGUUUAAAAAAAUACAAUGUAACGAACUAAAGAAUGUGAAAACUUGCAGAAAUUAACUAUUUAUUUUGUUUGUAUGAUUUCAAUAAGUUUGAAAAACUAAGAAUGAGCAAUUCCAGCUCAAAUCAGGAAUUUUUCUGGUACUUUUGUACCCGACCCUCUCCGAUUUCAAUGAAACUUUGUAGACAUGUUAUCCUAGGCCUAUAUAAGCCAUUUUUGUGUAUAUGGAGCCAAUUGUACUCGAAAAUGACAUUUAAGAAGGGCGUAUGUUAUUUAGAUAUUUUUGUAUUCUGUUAUUUAAAAAUGACUGUAUCUCGAAGACGUUGCAUCCUACCAAAAAGUGGUCUAGCACAAACUUGUAGGAAAUUAGACGGGCUUUCUGAAAAAAAUACACUGAAAGAAAAAUACACACCACUUCUACGGGAUUUUUUAAUUUUUAUGUUUAGAAGUUAAAUUAUAAGGUGAUGUCACGUUUUUUUUCGUUCAAAUUUUUUGAAGAAAUGGCCUAAACUGUUACAAAAAGACUCACGAAAAAUGCAGGAUGGUAUGUCUCUCCUAAAAAAAUACAUAAAUCAUAUACUAAAACUGUUUUUUUUUUUAAGUUUUUAAGACCGUUGUCCUAAGUCCAAUCCUUGUGAAGAUACAGCGGUUUUAAAAAUAAAAACUAACUUAAUCCACCUAUGUGGUUGGUGCCUUCCUCACUCUUUUCCAACAAUGGGUGAUAUGUAAUAUGAUGGAUUUGGACACAAAUUUGAUCCAAAAAUACACACAUAUCACUCAAGGGCUCAUAAGUGGUCAGAACUCGAGGCAGGGUUGCCAGAUCUUCAAUGUUGUGGACUCGUUGGAAAGGUAUCUCGAUUACCUAAUCAACGAUGGGUCGGAUGAUGGAUCCGGAUAUUGUUUACAUACAUUUAAGUAAGAUCCGGCUACAAAAAAAGUACAUAAAUAUCACGUAAGUGGUCAGAACUCGAGACAGGGUUGCCAGAUCUUCAAUGUUUAAGACUCGUUGGAAAGGUCUUUUAAUUACCUAACCAACGAUGGGUCGGAUGAUGGAUCCGGACAUUGUUUACAUACAUUUAAGUGAGAUCCGGCUACAAAAGAGUACA